CAACACAAAUAAGUGCUUACAUCUAGAUCAUUCUAAAGAAUGCCCUGCACAGAAUGCACCCAUACAACCGAAAAUUCAUCUUUAAUUGAGCAUCUGGACUGCACAGAGUACAAACGAUUUCUCGCCUGCCGAUACUCGGACUUUUCUCUUCAUACGACUCUCCUUAGCUGCCAAGAUCCACGGGUUCCACGACUUUACCCUCAGGGUAGCAGUCCCCCGGCAUGCUGUCUGUCAGCUCAUGCUCGACCUUUCUGUCCGCGCGAUCUGCUCCCUGCUCUUUCGCAUGGCGGGAUCGAAGAAACGUCAUGGCCAUCGCACUCGCUCGAGGCAACCUGGUGAUAACCGAAGUCUAGCACGUGACUCGCGGUCACCCAAGGUCGUGACCUGUCGACGACAACCGAUGCCGGAAGACUUCAAAAGAUGGCGGGCACGUGACAACUUGCUGGUGCCGAGCGUGGCCCGGCAGUGGCCCGGCUCCGGCGUGGCGGCGGCUUCCUUGGUUUCCAGGGCAACGGCCGCGCUGAUGGCAGCUGCUGGCCUAUAAAGUGGGCCGGCCCACCGACCCGGCCUUUCCAAUCCUGCCUGGGUCUCGCAAUCGAUAUCGAAGCAUCGUUGUACAAGAGCCUGACUGAACACCCACAAAGGGCCACCGCUGUUUGGAAAAAAAAAAAAAGUGGUUACCCACUCGCUGUCGUGGACUGCCGACUAGCAAAUUGCGUGUACGCAUGCGCAAACGUAGCUUAAGAACGUCGUUUGAGAGAAGUCUUCGUCUCCGUGAUCAAUGUCCAUCUGUCGGGGAUCAGUUCAUGAGCAACAUCAAAGCAGAUGAUCUCCACCCAUUGUUUCCCUGGACCCGUAGUAACAUCGCUCGAGCCUUCCAAAAAACAAGUAUAUUUAUUUCCUCGACGAAGCACCAAAGAGAAGACUAGAACUUUCUCUGGCGCAGAUCGAAAUCUGGACCAGACGUCAGCAGUCCUUGGGAUGAAGCACUUCAUUUCAAGUUUCACCGUCUGGUUCUCAGUUUCUCAGCCUCCUUUCAUCCCUUCUCCCCCCUCACCUAACUACCAUCACUGGGCCUGAUGCACGAGGCCGAGCGAGUGUCUAGCCAGCGAGUGGUCGUUGCCAAGUGAUAGACUAGUGACACAGUUGAGCCAGUGCCCUGACAGCACUUGAACUAACAAAGAGCGGCGUCCCUGAGAGUUGGCUUAUAUUCGCUCCGCUGGGGAGUCCCUGCUAAUCAGUAUUACGACCGACGUGCAUAGAAGCCGUAUGAACGUGCUACGAGUUGCAUUUUCCCCAACCCCACCUCACACCCCCCACACCCACUUUAUAAAGACUAGACUUCAACAAGGCAGGACGACAGGAACUAGACGAUAAGAACUGGUCAGUGGCAUCUGGACAAUAUGAACAACGCGCUUGUGACCUUUGAUAGAGGCUCACACAUCUACGAAACCACAGUAGAGUGUUCUCACAGACGGACUCGCACACACGCUCGAAACUCACGCAUGAACAUGCUUCCUUGAUCCCUUCCCUUUCUCCUCUCUCUCUCUCACACAAACACAUAUGAUGUUGGCCUCAUCUCAUUUUUUUCUCGUCGCACUGCAAUCUCUGUCUUGCACACUAUGAAGUCUUUCAUCGUUCGCUCAUUUUCAAAGAAUCGUCAGCGAAGGUUCCUCUGCAGAGUCUGCGCUGGCCUCCUGUUGCUGCUCAGCUUGCUCAAGCUCUUCAGCCUCGCGAGGAAGACAGACUUUGAAUGGCCAACCUUGGGUUUCCAAGGGCUCAGACCCACCUCUUUGGUGGAUCAAACUCUCAGAGCAGAAAUGUCGCCAGUUUGUGACCAAGUUGAAGACAACAGGAAGCAAAAGGGAAGGUGGAUCUCAUGCAUGGAUGACCCCCAGACCCGUGGAGGAGCUGAUGGGGAAUAUAGUACCGAACACGGCUCAUUUUGUUUGGUGCCAGAACCGUACAUUCACCUUCAAUGAUUACCUAAGUGUCCUGAGUGUGUGGAAACUUCAACCCGACAUCAUUGAGGUGCACGCUAGCUGUGAAAUGCACACAGACCGAUACAACACUUGGCUGUCAGAUCUUCGACACACCGUGCAUUCUUUAGUCAUCUCCAAGAUGGUCGGGAACUCGGCAUCAGAGAGGUGCGGUCUUCGUUAUGCCAUGGAAGUCCUGAGCGAUCGGGGUGGAAUGUUCUUCUCCUUCUCUACCGUUCUUACCCAGUCGAUUCAUCACCUCAGAAGGACCAACUUUUCCAUUGCCGGGAGCAGCAACGGGGAGAUAUAUUUUGUGCUGAGCCAGCGAAAGUUUCAACCCUUAGAGAAACUUCUGAUGAGAGAGAAUUUAUCGAUGCAGUCGGGACAACCUGGUUGGACAGAAAGAGCGUGUCCCAUCCCCAAUAUCCUCCAUUACAUCUGGUUCAACUCGGCGAUUCUUUCGUUCCGCAUGUACCUGAGCUUUUUGAGCGCCCUUCACGUGGUUAAACCAGACAGAAUUUUCAUCCACACUGACAUGUACCUGUCGGGGCCAUACUGGCAGAAGAUCGCCUCUCACCCGAUCGUCACUAUAGUAUACCGAGAGGCGCCCAACCAGAUUUUUGGCCACGCCAUCUUGUACACCCAGCACCGUAGCGACAUCGUGAGGGCCGACGUGCUGGACAAGUUUGGGGGGCUGUACUCGGACUGGGAUGUCUUGUGGUUGCGCUCGCCUGCUCGGCUCCUGUCCUCCGGCCACGAGGCGCUGGUGAACUUCGACCACAUGCCACGUCCUCCUUUUCCUGACGUCAUUAACCUGGGCGUUGUCCUGGCCCGGCCUCGGUCCGUCUUCGUGCGUCUGUGGCGCCAGGGGCUGCGGCAGUACCGCUCCGAGGACUUCUUCUACAACGCGCUAGAGUUGCCCUACCGGGUGUACGAGAUGAACCCAGACACCGCGUAUAUCGAGAAGAGACUGCAGGUAAUGUGCUUUUGGCUCAAGUGUCACCCCAUCUUCCACAAAGACCACAAGGACUGGAACCAUGACCAAUCCUUUGACUGGCGCACAGACACGUAUGCAGUCCACUUUACACAUCCCGAUCCAGAGGAGUAUGAGUCCAUGGACAAGCUUAUGAACAGCACUGGGGUCUUCGCCGAUAUUGGAAAAUAUAUACUGGAGCGGGCUGGUGAAAUGGUUUUCAAACUGUAGCAUGCAGUGUAUAAAAUUCUCGUUUACUUCCCCAAAAUGACAAAAUGAUGUAAAUAUAUAGGAGACAUUUUGAUUUUAAGAAAUUUUUUUUUCAUGUGGUGAACGUAAAUUUAAAAUCCGGAAAUGCUACAAACAGCAGUUGAUCUCAAACUGUCCAUCAACCUAUCUAUGUAUACAUUUAUUUAUGAGUCUCAACAUAAGUAAAUGUCUAUGUAUAUGCAACCAUUUGUUUGCAUAAAAAUCGUAAAUAUUUUUUCUUUUAUCUCCGAUGUGUAUAAUACUGUGGGAUGCAAUUGACCUGAAGGAGCUUUUGAAGUAUUUUGAAGCACCACGUCUAGACCAUCAAGAGCACCGAACCUCUUUCAUUGUUUUGCCCUCUUCGCGGCUAUCGCGAGUUUCAGUUAUCACAUUUUCGGUGCUUGUUUUCACCAACACAUUCAAGCAGAACAUUUAAAUGGCCUGAGAACAACGUUUUCUGAAGUUAGCUGAUAAGAGCACACCACAGUUGAUGAGCAGCAUCUCUAGAUGGCAGGAAACAGUUGUCUUCAUGUUGUCCUUUGCUCAAGAGGAACCUUGCACUUUGAUUGAAGAGAUAAUUAAAAUGACUGUCCACGUUGUUAAAGACACGCAAACUGUUAGGCGUGCUAGGAUUUUUUUUUUUUGCUGGCUGAAGUGGUAUCAUGCUUUCAAUAAUAGAGGUUGUCGGUUAAGCAAACACGUGACCCAAGACAACAUCAGUCCUGACCUGUUUCUGAUAAAAGUACAUGCCUUGCGAAUGUCUGGUGCUAGAGUUCUGAGAAUGACACCAAUACACAUCUCUGAAAACAGAUUUGACCAGUUGCUUCUCUCUCACCCUCGUGAUAAAAACUAUGACGUCACCAGCGAUGACACGCACGCGCAAGCUAUCAGGUCUCUCCAACACACAAAUCCCAAUUAGUCUGUGUGUGUGCCUGCAUGUAUGUACAAGACCAUGAAAUGUUUGUAGUCAACGUGGAAGAACGAUUGAAAGCUUGUAUUAUAGCAAGUCAAUAGUUCAAUACUUUCCCAUCCCAACCUCUACACGUGCAGCGCCCUCACGUGCAACCGUGUCUU